CGUCAAAAUGGAAGAACAAAAAGACAAACUACUUGACAAUUAUCGCCAGUCUCACGAAUAUGAGACAGAAGACUCUCUUGAUGGCAUUGAAGCCACAUAUUUUUCCUCAAAUAAGGGCGACAAGCCUCGAGUGAAGAAACGUACCAUCCUUUACUUCAUCACUGGCCUAUUAUUCGCGGCUAUUUUCUACUUAUCAGGUCUUUACACUCCAGUCAUCGGAUCCGGCCCAUAUCUUUACAAGCCAUAUGGCUCCGGGCACUGUGGCAAUUCAUCGGAGGAAGCGACAAAGAAUGGCUGCAUCAUGGACCUCAUCCCAGGCGGCUGGGUGCACCCAGACUGCUAUGACAAGGAACUCGAGACAGAAUUCCUGGAAUACGGUGACUGGCACUGGUACGCCGAUCCAUGGGGCAACGAGGAGUUAUCACAGGAACACAUGAGACGAACAGGCGGUCCCAGUCCCGUGUACGUUUCCAUGGAGUAUCAUGACGCGCACUGUUCCUUUACCUGGAGAAAGCUGCACCGAGCAAUUCUUCGAGGAACGCCGAUUGAUAGCCAAAUUGGUCAAUAUCAGCAUACCAUGCAUUGUUCGACGGCCUUGUCGAUAGCGAGAGAUGCUGAGAAAUAUCCGGAAUGGAAGGCACCUGCUAGGUUCUUCAAUGUGUUUACGUCUUGCGAGCUGCCUCAGAAGUUCAAACCGCCUAAGAAGAUGUUGGAAGGGAAUGGGAGCAAGAUGGGAUACUGA